AUGGAGGAAACUCCUAAAUCACUGAUUGAAGGUUUCAUUCAGACAGCUCAAACCCAUCACACUGAAGCCCCAAUAAGAAGGAAGCAUGUUCUCACUCGUACACCAGAGAAGUUGCUAUCUCCCGGUGUUGACACUCGGUCUGCUACAAAGCGGAAGCGCUUAGAUCUGCCAGACAAAACACCUCGCUCUAUGAUUGAAACAUAUGUGACAAAUGCAAACACUGAGCUUUUGUCAACUAGGAGGGCAAGGACGAGGCGCCGGCGAUCUGUGCCUUCAGUCCCAGUCAAUGAAACAGCUGAAAACUUCACACCUAGAACCAAUAUUGCCAUGCUUGUAGAACAAGGUGAGGAGGAGACACCUUAUGUACGUCCACGAACCCGUCGAUCCAGUCGAAGAUCAUUACCCGCCCUUCCAGACAAUGACUCUAUCAAGCUCCUUCCUAUGUCUCCUAGCAUGGAUGAAAAAGACAGUGGGAUGAAUUCAACUCGUCGCCGUUCACGACACUCUAAUACUGGUUCAGUACAAACUAACACUACAGCUGAAAGUGCCAGGAAGAAAUUGAAGCGGAGAUCUGCUACAAGAUCUUUGGCUGACCCAGUUUUGAAGGACAUCAGUGAUUCUAUACAUCUGCUGCCUGACCUGAGUUCUGGUGAUGAAGCUUCAGGGAAUGAUGACAGGAGGUCACCUAUAAGAAAAAGUCAGCGAUCAAAACUUCCCUCUGAAUCCAAAACAUUUGGCUUCAAGGAGGCUUUAUCAGCUUAUAAAAAGACAGAAGAGGAACCAUAUAACACUGACACAGGUGGUAACCUAAGUGAAGAAGUUCUUGCACCCUCAUCACUAGAAAAAUUAUCAACAAAUUCAUCACCUGAGAGAAUAUCAGAAAGUCAGGAGGUGGAAGACUCUCCCAUUAAAACAGCAACAGGUAACAGAAGUCAUGAUUCUUCCAUGGAUAUAUUUGAAACCCAUGACGACAACUUGGAAGAGGGAAGAAUCAUGCCAGUGAACUCGCCAUUGGAACCCCUGCUCUCCUCUCAUUCAGAGGAUGGAGUUGAUGCUGAUGACGAGAGGGAGGACAAGACGGAAAGUGACGACAAGAGCAAUGAAGAGGAGAGAAAUCACACCACAAACAUCACUGGGAAUGCAGUAGAGAUUGCUGGAUCUGAUCGUAAUCAGGCCAAACCAUCCACACCAGAGAUGAUAAUGUCUGUAAAACCAAAUGAUAGCAAUGUACACGAGAAUGGCAAUUCUAUAUUUGACAAGUCCACCAGCUUAGUAGGCGUAGAUGAUCAGGAUGUUACAAACACCAAAGGAAACACACAAAUGACUGGUGAAAAUAAGACUGGGGAGGAUGGGCAGGAUGGGGAAGAGGAAGUUGGUGUCCACCAUGUGGAGGAAGUAGAGGAAGUCAUAGACCAGGUAGAUACUGGGGCAGAUUUUGUGUUAGAUGAAGAAAGUCCACAUGUUGAGGAGGAUGAGUCUGUUGAUAAAGAUGUUGAUGUUGACACUGAGUCUGAGGAGGAAGCAGAGGAGAUAACAGAGGACGUGACUGAAAACUACAGACUAGCAAAGACCCCUCACCUGUCCACACCUCAAGAUGGUCAACGUCCAACCAUCCAGCCACUGACAGACAUUCUGAAAAAUAGAAACUCUGCCGUUCCUCUUCGGUCAGUUAACGAUGUGCUCAGGGAUGGUGGAAGCCACACAACACCGUAUGUGAAGACAACACAAAGGAAACCAAGAGCAAAAGCUAAACUAACUGCACCUUUACCAGUGUCCGUCAUUAAAAAAGUCUUCAGCCAUUACUGCAAGAUGAAAGUGUCAUCUGACAUCCUUCCAGAACUCAUCAAUGUGACAGAAAAGUUCUUCAAACAAGUACCAGCUGAUCUUGAAGCUUUUUGUCAUCAUGCUGGUAGAAAGACGAUUAAUGACUCUGAUGUGGAACUCCUUAUGAAAAGACAGCGCCUGAUCAAGGACAACAAUUCAUUGAAUGUGUUGAUUGAAGAAAAUCUGCCAUUGGAAUACAGACUGCAAUUAAUUCCCAUAGCCAGGUCCGGCAACAUCGUCUACCCUAAAUAG